GCGAUAGAGAAAACCGUUAUUAUGCGUGGCGCCAUCGCUAUUCUCCGAGUGAUUCCAUCUAUCAGCUUUCAAAUCCAGUUCCAUUGAUCGACGCUGGCAAUGGCACACUGGCUCAAAGCGGCUGAAGAUUUAUUUGAAGUUGUGGAUCGAAGAGCGAAAUCUGUUGUCACUGAUUUAUCAGAUGAACAAUCUAAUUUUAAUUCUCCAGGUUUCUUCGUCUCCUUCUUCCUUUUAGAUUAUUAUAUUUCCAAUAUAUGUUCUGUAAAAUCUCCCAAAAUCAUUUGCAACUUGUUACAUUUCUGGAAAUUAGCUUCUGCUGGGCAAGGAUCACAUGGAAAGAGAAGGAAAUCAAAAUCCAAGGCUCAAAAGGGAAAAUCUAAAAACUCAUCUCCUACAAAUACUGAUACUACCAAAGAGAAAGGUGACACACCAGAAGCACCGGCUGAUCAUGUAGUAGAAAACGAUGGGAGUGCUUUCACUCCUACAAAUCAACCAAUCAAAGACAAUGUAGAGGCAUUUAAUGGGGAGCCCGUAAAAGAGAAUGCUUUAGAUAUGCAUAAGGAGAAUCCUUCUCCGGAUAACAAAGGAAUUGAAGGCUCCACUGAAGACAAACCCACUAAUGCUGAACAAGUUAUCAAGAUUGAGAAUUCGGAUUCCGAUGUGAAUAUGGAUCAAGAGAGAACUAAAUCUGUGGCCAAUGACAAAAGUUCCAAUCGUAGUGGUGACACUAUAAUUCAAGAUGCUGAUAUCAAAGCUGAAUCUUUUGUCAAUAGAAGCACCCAAGAAAAUCAUAAAACUGACAUUUCUCCGAAGAAACUACAGGAUCAACUUGAUCAGGCUCAAGGACUACUCAAAGCAGCAAAAUCUACUGGUCAGUCCAAUGAGGCAAGGUUAGCUAGGGUUUGUGCUGGACUAUCAUCUAGUCUUCAGGAAUACAAAUCUGGAAAUGCAGAGUUAGAAAAACUGCUUAGUGCAGAGAGAGAACUGAAUAAAUCAUUUGAAGUUCGCAUAGAACAGCUACAGAAGGAUUUGUCUCAAAAUAAAAGGGAAGUAGCAAAAGUUGAAUCAAACAUGGCUGAAGCCUUGGCUGCAAAAAAUUCUGAAAUUGAGGCACUUCUUAGUUCGAUUGAUGCAGUAAAGAAGCAGGCUGCAUUAUCAGAAGAAAAUAUAGCUUCCCUUCAGGCAAACAUGGAGUCUAUGAUGAAAAACCGAGAUCAAAUAGAGACAAGAAUGAUGCAGGCUCUAAGAGAGGAACUAGCAUUUGCUGAGCGAAGAGCAGAAGAAGAGCAUGCAGCACAUAAUGCUACCAAAAUGGCUUUUAUGGAAAAAGAAGUGAAAUUGGAGCAGAGAGCUAUUGAGGCAGCUACAGCUCUUGCAAGGAUACAGAGAAUAGCAGAUGAGAGGACCUUGAAGGCCACAGAAUUGGAGCAGAAGGUGGUACUUCUUGAGGUUGAGUGUGCAUUCCUAAAUCAAGAAUUGCAAGAUAUUGGAGAUCGCGUGCGCCGUGAACAAAAGAAGUCACCAGAAGAGGCAAAUCAAGUAAUUCAGGCAUGGCAGGAAGAAACAGAGCGAGCAUAUAGGAGUCAGAGAGAAGCUGAAAACAAGAUUUCUUCAAUAGAGGCUGAGCUGCAAAAGAUGAGAGUGGAAAUGGCAGCCAUGAAGAGGGAUGCUGAGCAUUACUCCCGUCAGGAGCAUGUGGAAUUGGAGAAACGCUAUCGCGAACUUACGGACCUUUUGUACUAUAAACAGACACAAUUAGAAGCCAUGAGCAGCGAAAAAGCUGCCGCUGAGUUUCAAUUGCAGAAAGAAUAUAAGCGUCUACAAGAAGCACAGGCUGAGACUGAAAAAAAUAGAAUUUCUCGUCGACCAUCUUCAUCUUGGGAAGAAGAUACUGAAAUGAAAACCCUCGAGCCACUUCCUUUGCAUAAUCGCCAUUUGGUUGGGACAAGUAUUCAGUUGCAGAAAGCAGUGAAACUAUUAGAUUCAGGAGCCGUAAGGGCCACAAGAUUUCUCUGGCGUUAUCCAACGGCUCGAGUUGGUCUAUUUUUCUAUCUGGUGUUUGUACAUCUCUUCUUGAUGUAUCUCUUGCAUUGCCUUCAGGAGCAAGCUCACAAUUUGGAUGUUAGAGAGGUUGCAAAAUCUUUGGGACUCUCUGACCCGAAUUACCAUGACUAAUCUUAUGAUGGGGAAAAAAAAUUAAAGGCCCUACAUCUGGUGUUAACAUUUCAAGAUUAACCUGCAAAUGCAUGUAAUCGUUACUGCUGCAUGCUCGAGUUUUCUCAAUGUGGGAUGGCAUCAUCUCUUGCUUUAUUUUUUCAUCAAAAUCGUAAAAACAUGAUUUAGGUACAGAAAUUCAUUCUUGUGAUAUCCCAUUCUUUUCUUUAAUUUUUUCAAUCCUUUAAACUAUAAUACAUAUUACAUUACUACACCUGCAUGUACAAAAUUCUAUUGUAAUUUGUACAUAGCAGCUUAAUUAUUUAUAUAACU